AGUAACAGCUUCGGCAUGUUCUCAUUGGCUUAUUCUGACGGUGCGAUCACCAACACUCGGAAAUCGGAAUGUUUUCAACCUUCGAUCAGGAAUGGGAUUGGAACACCGCUCAGUUUUCGUCGGAAAUCCAACAACCUCCGCAUCAUAGAUCACGUGACUGGCUUAAACCCGGAAAUGAAUGCCCUGAAAGCGGAGACUCCCGACUGGCGAUUGACUCUGAAAACGAUCCGCAAUGGCAUCCACAAGAUCGACACGUACCUCAACGCGGCUCUCGACUUGUUCGGCGGCGACGACGGCUUGUGUCGUUACAAGUGUAGUGACGGUUACAAGCCGGUGCCUCGACCCGAAUACAAGCCGCCGCCGCCCAACGGAUGUGGGACGCCGCUCUUUGGAUUCCAGUUCGACAUCGGCAUCCCGUCCAUGACCAAAUGCUGCAACCAGCACGACCGCUGCUACGACACAUGCGGCCGCGACAAGCAUGACUGCGACGAGCAGUUCCAGGACUGUCUGGAGACCAUCUGCAGGAACGUGCAACGUACCCUGGGAUUGGCCCACAGUGUCCAAGCGUGCGAGUCGGCGGUGACGCUGCUGUUCGACACAGUGAUGCACUUGGGGUGCAAACCGUACUUGGACAGCCAGCGGGAGUCGUGUGUGUGUCAGUACGAGGUGAAGAAGGAGCUGUGACCAAGUGUGUGCAUGGACUCUUGAAUUCUCAGGGAUCGAGCUGCUGCUGCUUUUCAGACACCGGACUAUAAAUACCCACUUUUGACUGAUAUUAUGUAAAUAAUUUGAAAUGCAUUCAAUUAUUUAUGUGUGUUGUGCAAUGGGUUAGUCCACUACUGGGUUUUUUGCCCUGUGGCACCAUGGUGCCUCUAACAAGUCGGUCUUGGUACUACGACAGAUAUUAAUGUGUGGUGUGUUGUGGUGUGUUGGUCAUCUGGAGUCGUCACACUGCAAGAGUAGUAAGCACACAUUUGCCCUUUUUUGCUUGUUUGUUUUUUUCUUACCCUCGUCGCACAUUUUAAAAAUAGUUAAAGAUAAAAAUCACUGUGCUCUGUACCUACAUGAAAAUGUCAUUAAAAUGAAGAUAAUUUAUUAUUAAUAA